GUAGUAGAUUUGCUCGUAGCUCAUUUUUUGGCACGCUUUCUUCAUGUGAGUUCUUGCAUUUGCUCUUUACGUGAGAGAGGAAGAAGGAAGGGUAGAGAGCUAGUGCUGGGUUUGUGAGGGUUGGGUAAUUACUAUUAUCGCUGCUUGUUUCCACCUCCUUGUCCUGGCGAAAGCGCGAGCGCUAAAAUGGAGGCGGAAAGAUCCGGCGGAGUAGCAGGGGGAACAAACCAGAACUCUGGAGGCAGCGGUGUGGGGCGCAACCCGAACGGACCGAAAUCAGUACUCGGGCAGGGGACAACAGAAGCGGCCGCCGCGGCAGCAACAGCCGGGGCGAUGGCUGGUUCGUCGCAGCCUCGGGAACCGCAAGACGGCGACGCAGGCCUAUCGCUUCCUGGGAUCUUGCACUUUAUCCAGUUCGAAUGGGGACGCUUCCAGGCCGAGAAAUAUCGUUGGGAAGCCGAGAGAGACGAACUCAGGGCUCAGGUGACCUUCCUGCAGGGUGAGAGGAAGGGGCAGGAGAACAUGAAGCAGGACCUGGUCAGGCGGAUCAAGAUGUUGGAGUACGCCCUUAAACAGGAGAGGACCAAACACCAGAAGCUGAAGACAGGCAGUGACCAGAGCCCAGGGGAGAAGAAACCAGAAACCGAGGCAGAACAAGUGCCCAAUGGGCCAGCAGAGUCUGAAUCUGAGCAAGCCAAUCAGAUGUCCUGGAAGGAGGGCCGUCAGCUACUGCGCAAGUACCUGGAGGAGGUGGGCUACUCGGACACCAUCCUGGACAUGCGUUCAAAGCGUGUGCGCUCACUGCUGGGUCAUACCAGCCCCGAGGCUAACGGUGCCCCGGCCAGCAGCGAGCAGCAGCCCACCCCAGACCCCGAGCCCCUGGCAGGGGGGGAGCCACUCCUCAUCAGACAGAUAGAAGAGCAGAUCAAGAGGAACGCGGCGGGGAAGGAUGGUUCUAAGGAGCGUCUGGGCGGCUCGGUGCUGGAUAAGAUCCCCUUCCUACAUGGCUGUGAGGAUGAUGAUGAGGAUGACAGUGAUGAGGAAGAUGACUUCCAGGGCACGGACUGUAUAGACGGGCAGCGCAACAAGAACAAGAAGCCCCGCGUUAAGAUAGGGACUGAGCCCAUGACCACAGACCUGGACCCUGAUGAUGAGGAGGAUGAAGACGACUCUGAGGAUGCCCUGAGCGAGUUUGACUUCCUGGGAUCAGGGGAGGAGGGGGAGGGGGCGGGAGAGGCCCGUAUCUCAGGGGACGGCCGGGAGUUAGGUACGCCAUCAUCAUACAAUGUAGAACCGCAGGAACAAGUUCCAGGGCAUGAUGUCGGACUUCCCCCCAAACCCUCCCCGCCCCCCUCUGUUUCGGGACAGUCUCGCUCCGGGGAAGGUGGCGCUCUGGGUUUUUCCUCUGACGUCUUCAUCCUGGACGCCGUCGGGGGUGGAGACAUGAACCUGGGAGAGCUGGCUGACCUCACCGUCGCCAAUGACAACGACCUCACCGUGGAUCUGCAGGAUAACCGGGAGGAGUUCAAGAAGACGUGGAACCCUCGCUUCACGCUGCGUAGCCAUUUUGAUGCCAUCAGAGCUUUGACGUUCCACCCCAGCCAGGCCGUUCUACUCACAGCCUCCGAGGACGGAACCCUGAAGCUGUGGAACCUCAACAAGGCCAUACAUUCCAAGAAAAAUGCAGCGCUGGACGUUGAGCCCAUCUACACCUUCAGAGCCCACAGUGGUGCAGUUCUGUCUCUGGCCAUGGGUGAGGACGGCGACUCAUGCUACAGCGGGGGUCUGGACGGAACCGUGCGCUGCUGGAAGAUCCCAGACAUCAACGUGGAUCCCUACGAUAACUACGACCCGGGCAUAGAGAGCAGUGUGUUGUCGGGUCAUGAGGACUCAGUGUGGAGUCUGACGUACUCUGCCACCCACCAUCGCCUGGCCUCCUGCUCUGCAGACGGGACCAUUCGCAUCUGGGACCCCCAGAACUCUACCCCCUGUCUCUCCGUCUUCAACAAGGAGAAAGAACACGGAAUGCCCACCUCUGUGGCCUUUGUGAACUCUGACCCCGACCAGGCGGUGGUGUCAUUCGACGGUGGCGAGACGCUGCUCUAUGACCUCAACACAGAGCAGAGCAUCAUGGUCCUGGAGACUGGGACUAAGGACGGCAGUGAGCUGAUUAACUGUGUGGUCAGCCACCCCUCUGAGCCCAUCUCCAUCACCGCACACGAGAAUCGCACUAUCCGCUAUCUCGACAACAAGACAGGUAAAGUGAUCCACUCCAUGGUGGCACACCUGGAUGCUGUCACCUGUCUGACCACGGACCCCAAAGGCACUUACCUCAUCUCUGGCAGCCACGACUGUUCGGUGCGUCUGUGGAUGCUGGAUAACAGGACGUGUGUGCAGGAGAUCACUGCCCACAGGAAGAAGCACGACGAGGCCAUUCACGACGUGGCCUUCCACCCCUCGCAGCCCUUCAUCGCGUCGGCCGGCGCCGACGCACUCGCCAAGAUCUUCGUCUGAGAGGAGGCACAGACAGGGAUUCACCAUCAUCCUCACUGCCUGACUAAAAGAACUUGGCCAGAGGAGAGUGAUGACUACAAUGGACAAACCUCACCUGCCUCUACACACAAUUACACAUUCACAGUUACACACACACAAUUACACAUUCACAGUUACAUAUACACACACAAAACUGUGUCCUGCACCCCACUGGCUGGGUCAUCGCCACAGGACACUAUUACCCACAGUUCUCUAGCUGUCCCAUGAUGCCUCAGUAACUUGUUGCGAUACUAACCAUACUGCUUUUCUAACGACUCAUCUGACUGCUUGAUUUAUUAGGUCAGUUUACUACACUACAAUACUCUAUUAAUUUCAACUUUUACAGUCCACUCAUGGUUAUUAUAAGGCGGUGUGUGUUGACUUUGAUCACUACGCAUGCUGAUGCAACACCUACUACAACUAGAGUGACAGGCGCGCACACAGGUUCACUUUCUGUUUGAAACUUGUUCUUUUAGAGAUAAGAAGCUUAGCUCACCAGUUGCUAACACACAUAAGUACCUAACUACAGUAGAGUCCAGUACCCACCCAGUGAUGGCAGUAGCCAUUUUCUACUGCACUACAGUGUGGGGGAACAAUGCAUUUCAUUCCAAAGACUUCUGAAGGUUUUAGUUUGUGUGUGUUUUGGAGGCGCCUCCUAACCGGUGUUGGACAAACAGCUUUAAUUUCAGCCUCAUCGCCAAGACACUGUCUGAGUGUUUGUGUGUCCAGUAUUGUACGGUCAUCCAUUUCAGUAGAAUCAAGUGUGAUAGGAAAGGUGUGUGUGUGUGUUGCACUUGUUUAAUCUUGGUGCUAAGACCUCGUCAGUCCGAGUCUGAAUCAGGGACCUGUUUGCAUUCGAGGUGUGUGUGGGUCCUGUUUCUCUCUCUUUGGGAUAUUUGUCAUCAACAGUAGUGUGAUAUGGCUUGUAUCAUGCGUCACUCUCCAGCCAUGCCAUCUGUUUGUGUUGAGAUACUGUAUGGGUCAUUUUUAUCUCAUAGGAAGACUAACACGCUAUGCUAAGCAGACACUUUUCUAUUGGUUUCCUUUAAUAUUUGUGUGUGUGUGUGUGUGUGUGUGAAGUUGGCCUUUGUCAUUUCAUCAGGAUAGCUGGUUUGUGAAAGAGUAUGUGGAGAUAAUGGGAGUAAUUUAACGUUGAUGCCACAGUGGAGCCCUCUGACUGAAACGGUUGACAUUACCAGAAAGUGGCACUACUCCCAAGAUGGCGUCCUGUAUUCUCUCUCCGUUCCUUUAGUCGGCAUCAAGUCAGAAUGGUCCUUGGUGUAUUUAUUUAGGCUUGUGCUUGGAAACAAUCAUAUUAUCCAUUGAAAUGACUGUUGUUGAUUAGGUUUCUGUUUCUGGUGCGAGGCGGGUCGCAGUUGCACUGCACUGAAUUGCCCAUAGUGCUCAUAGUGGGAAAGUGGCGCCUCUCCCGUGUCAGUGGAGCCAGCAGGGGAAAUUGCCCCCAGGAUAUGGGAACAAAAGCCACAUAAAGAUAGAGAGGAAACAAGAACAAACACUACCUAACCCCCAAGCCCCGUUACAUUGGCCUCCGACAAAGACUGAACUAGACAGGGUAGGUGACUGUUCACCAAGCGGUCACUUUGUGCUUGGAUUAUUGUGGAGCUAUUUUUCCUGGAAGGGAAAACAAGGUUGGACAAAGAGCGGAGCCGUGGGCGUCCGCUAAAGACUGACAUAUAGGUCAGAGAUCAGGGGUGAUGUCGUUGGGUAGCCGGCCUCCUGGAUCCUUCAAGAUUAUUUGUGAACUUUCCAGGGUGGAACAGAGGCGGGGGAGCCCUGAGGGCAGAUCUCUGGUUGUGGAAACAUGGUUCAACAUGGUUCCGCCAGUCCAGGGCAGAGCAGGGCAUGGCAGUAAAGAAUGAAUGGUCCAGUAGCACCAUGUCAAUCAUUAACUGUCCCCGAGCUGCCCCCAACCCUACUAAUCAAUCCCUAGCACACGCCAGAGUGAGGGGGGUAGAAGUCGUCCCAAACCACUGAUUCCAGAUCAGGUAUUUUUUUAUCCGCUUAAUGGUUAAAGUCAGCAUUGGGGUUAGGGUAAUCUAAUCCUAGAAAUGUGGAUAAGGUCAACUUUAACCAAGAGCCCCUACAUUCAACAGGGUCACUACAGGGGUCAGAGAAUCAAAGGUUACUGGUAGAAAUGACAGAGGUCAAUGUUUUCCUCUCCACUGCAACUCCUUAUGGGAAAACACUCUCUGGUCUGGUCAGACAGGUAUCUGUGGGCUUGGUUUGGUAAAUGUCAGCCUCAUGUGCUUUUACAUGAUGGUUUAAGAUGUAUUGAAUAUGAUGAGGCAGAAAGAAUGCCUAAGUGCUAUUGUUGCACAAUGAUAUGCCAAAUAUGUGAUUUGUGCUUUGUUAUUGGGUAAGCAUUAGAAUAAGCCACCUCAAUAUUUGCAGCCAUUAGGUGAUAAUCUCUCUAGGAGCUGAUCCGUUGUCAGUAUUGUGAAAUAAUUCUAAUGUUAAGGUAAGAUAUGAAUAGAGAAAGCUGAUCUGAGAGCAGCGUUGCCUUUCUAUCCUAUCAGUAUCAACACAUGCUCUAACGAGGCACUUGGCGAACAUUCUUUCUGCGUGGUGUUUUGGAAAACGCAUGUUACAUCUUCGGCCGUUGUAGGAACGAUGCGUUGUUAAAACACUUGAAAGCCUAAAUUUCAUCGCUAUCGGGAAACCAGGCCCUGAAGUGUCUCACUGGUAUUUUUCCUCCUUUCACGUAAAUAUUAAGACUGCAUGACUGUGUUGGACGAACUCUGCACUCAGUGUCUGUGUGUCAGUCAGAGUCUACAUGUACAUCUGCAGCAUUGAGCUAUAGACUGGUCCUGAUAUGCUCAAAUAUGUCCCUCUUCUGAGAAUAGACAAAUCAAUGUGAAAAAGCGAGAGGAAAAUAAAAGUGACUGUAAAUGAUAAAAGACUAGAGCUGCCAUUAUGUGAUGUACAUGUCCAUUUUCAUUUUUUAUUUGUUGCUUUUUUCCCUUUGAUUAUAAUUAUUAUGUAAGAAUACUGUAGUAUCAUAAGUGAAAUCAUUCUUCUUUGCUAGGCUUAGAACUUGCUUGUGAUUGAUAAUGACAAUGUAUACCUUGUAAAAAAACAAAACUGUUAACAAAUCAGAAAAAUGACAAAAAAACAAAAACAUCAAAAAGUGAUCAGUCCGAGGCCAAGGUAAAGGACUCUUGUUUCUUUGUGUUUUUAUUUUUUUAAUAGCAACUUAUCACUGUGUGAUAUUUUGUACAUCAUAUUAAGCUGUAUUCAAACAAUUUCCUCUAACUACAAGGGAUAAGAGACCUGCUUUUUAUUGAGUUUGUUUUAUUAUAUAUAUUUUUCGAACUGCAUUCUAGCUUAUAUCAAAUGACAGAUUUUCCUUCUCUUCUUUGGGUUUGUUUACUUUGCGGGUCUCGUGUCAUUUAAAGAAGAAAAACACAAAACAUUCUAAUAAAAUAACGAUUUUGUACAGGGAA